GUUUAUAGUGUAAACUUUCAUAGGGUGGUUCCCUCUAACGGUAUCCAUAAUACACAUGCUUAUACAAAAUGGCAGACCAAGGUGAGAGAUCAUUUCAAAAGCAACCCACUAUCUUUUUGAAUAAGAAACAAGUUCUAGUGAAAGGGAAAAAAUCAAAGAAAAUACAAAGAUAUGUUCGAAAUGUUGGACUAGGAUUUAAAACCCCUAAAGAUGCUAUUGAUGGAACUUAUAUCGAUAAGAAGUGCCCUUUUACUGGUAACGUUGCAAUACGAGGAAGAAUACUUCGAGGAGUCGUUAUCAAAAUGAAAAUGGAGAGAACAAUUGUUAUCCGAAGAGAUUAUUUACAUUACAUUAAAAAAUAUAACAGAUUUGAAAAACGUCAUAAAAAUAUGUCUGUUCAUCUCUCUCCUUGUUUCAGAGAUAUUGCUCUGGGAGAUAUUGUAACCGUAGGAGAAUGCCGACCUCUAAGUAAAACUGUGAGAUUCAAUGUUUUGAAAAUAUCAAAAGCUCAAACGGCGGCUAAUAAAAUGUUCCAAAAAUUUUGACCACUGGUGAA